AUGAAAACGCUGCUCUUUGCCGUUCUGGCUGACGUUUGCCUGUCCUCCUUGGUGCCAGAAAAGGAGAAGAACCCCCAGUUCUGGAGGCAGCAGGCCCAAGAAACGCUGCAGAGGGCCCUGGGGCUGCAGCAACUCAACACCAACGUGGCCAAGAAUGUCAUCCUCUUCCUCGGUGACGGCAUGGGGGUCUCCACGGUGACUGCGGCGCGUAUCCUGAAGGGGCAGCUGCAGCGCAUGAAGGGGGAAGAGAUGGUGCUGGAGAUGGACCGCUUCCCCUUCGUCGCCUUGUCCAAGACAUACAAUACCAACGCGCAAGUCCCCGACAGCGCUGGCACUGCCACGGCUUACCUGUGUGGGGUGAAGGCCAAUGAGGGGACCGUGGGAGUCAGCGCAGCCGUGACCCGAUCCCAGUGCAACACCACGGCAGGCAACGAAGUGACCUCCAUCCUCAAGUGGGCGAAGGAAGCAGGCAAAUCUGUGGGCAUUGUCACCACCACACGGGUCAACCACGCCACACCGAGUGCUGCCUACGCGCAUUCUGCUGACCGGGACUGGUAUUCUGAUAACGAGAUGCCCCUCGAAGCCAUUCGGCAGGGCUGCAAAGACAUCGCUCACCAGCUGUUUGAAAACAUCCCAAACAUUGAGGUGAUUAUGGGUGGAGGACGGAAGUACAUGUUUCCCAAGAACACCAGUGAUGUGGAGUAUCCAAAUGAGGACAAGUAUCGGGGGACUCGGCUGGACAACAGAAACCUUAUUGAUGUCUGGAAGGAGCAGAAGCCUAAAGACAAGAAUGCCCAUUAUGUGUGGAACCGGACAGAGCUGAGGGCCCUGGAUCUGAACAAGGUCGACUAUUUAUUGGGCCUGUUUGAGCCAAUGGAUCUGAUGUAUGAACUGAACAGGAACAAUGAGACGGACCCUUCCCUGACGGAAAUGGUGGAGGUGGCCCUCAGAAUUCUCCGGAAGAACCCCCAAGGUUUCUUCCUGCUGGUGGAAGGGGGCAGGAUUGACCAUGGCCACCAUGAAGGGAAAGCCAAACAGGCGCUGCACGAAGCCGUGGAGAUGGACCGAGCUAUCGGCCUGGCGGAUGUCAUGACCUCUUCACAGAAAACCCUGACCGUGGUUACUGCUGACCAUUCCCACGUCUUCACUUUUGGGGGCUACACGCCCCGUGGCAAUUCGAUUUUUGGACUGGCCCCAAUGCAAAGCGAUGUUGACAAGAAGCCGUUCACCUCCAUCCUUUACGGAAACGGGCCUGGGUACAAAACAGUCGCUGGAGAGAGAGAGAAUGUGUCCUUGGUGGACUAUGCUCAUGCCAACUAUCAGGCGCAGUCCGCUGUCCCCUUGCGGCAGGAAACCCACGGUGGCGAGGAUGUUGCUGUCUUUGCCAAAGGCCCCAUGGCCCACCUCCUCCAUGGCGUCCAUGAGCAGAACUACAUCCCCCACGUGAUGGCGUACGCAGCCUGCAUCGGCGAAAACAAAGACCACUGCCAAUCCGGUGCCCCCCACAGCCUGUCAACACCGCUCACCGUGACCUCCACUCUCUUCUCCUUCCUCCUGCUCAGCCUUGUCUUCUGA